AUGUCACACACCUCCAUGUCACCAUACCACUAUGUCACCACACCUCCAUGUCACCAUACCACUCUGUCACCACACCUCCAUGUCACCAUACCACUAUGUCACCAUACCACUAUGUCACCAUACCACUAUGUCACCACACCUCCAUGUCACCAUACCACUCUGUCACCACACCUCCAUGUCACCAUACCACUCUGUCACCACAACUUCAUGUCACCAUACCAAUAUGUCACCAUACCACUCUGUAACCAUACUACUCUGUCACCAUACCACUCUGUCACCAUACCACAAUGUCACCACACCUCCAUGUCACCAUACCACUCUGUCACCAUACCACUAUGUAACCACACCUCCAUGUCACGAUACCACUCUGUCACCAUACCACUCUGUCACCAUACCACUCUGUCACCGAUACCACCACACCUCCAUGUCACCAUAACUCUAUGUCACCACACCUCCAUGUCACCAUACCACUCUGUCAACAUACCACUCUGUCACCAUACCACUCUGUCACCAUACCACUCUGUCACCAUACCACUCUGUCACCACACCUCCAUGUCACCAUACCACUUUGUCACCAUACCACUAUGUCAACAUACCACUAUGUCACCAUACCACUAUGUCACCCCACCUCCAUGUUACCACUCCUCCAUGUCACCAUACCACUCUGUCGCCAUACCACUCUGUCACCAUACCACUAAGUCACCACAGCUCCAUGUCACCGUACCACUAUGUCACCAUACCACUAUGUCACCAUACAAUUAUGUCACCAGUCCCCCAUGUCACCAUACCACUAUGUCACCAUACCAGUCUGUCACCAUACCUCUCUGUCAACAUACCACUAUGUCACCAUACCACUAUGUCACCAUAACACUAUGUCACCAUACCACUAUGUCACACACCUCCAUGUCACCAUACCACUAUGUCACCACACCUCCAUGUCACCAUACCACUCUGUCACCACACCUCCAUGUCACCAUACCACUAUGUCACCAUACCACUAUGUCACCAUACCACUAUGUCACCACACCUCCAUGUCACCAUACCACUCUUUCACCACACCUCCAUGUCACCAUACCACUCUGUCACCACAACUUCAUGUCACCAUACCAAUAUGUCACCAUACCACUCUGUAACCAUACUACUCUGUCACCAUACCACUCUGUCACCAUACCACAAUGUCACCACACCUCCAUGUCACCAUACCACUCUGUCACCAUACCACUAUGUAACCACACCUCCAUGUCACGAUACCACUCUGUCACCAUACCACUCUGUCACCAUACCACUAUGUCACCAUAA